AUGGCCCCUCAACCAGAGCUCUAUCCUACCCUCCACCGAAUACGUGACCUUGAAAAUGCAGGCAUCGAGGACCUCCAACAGAUUGUUCAAUCGUUCCCCGUCAUUGACAACCAUGCCCACAACAUGCUCACCGAAGAACAUGUCUAUGGCAGUGCAGAAUACCCUUUUGAGAGCAUCACUUCAGAAGCACAAGGGCAUGCUCUGACGGAUCAUGUCCACACCAGCCUUGCCCACAUGCGCGCAAUCAAACACUUGGCCGAGUUUUAUCAGUGCCCGGAAACACUGCAGGACGUCAAGGCUGCCCGAUACGAGUGGGUGCGCAGGGACUAUCCUGGCCUGAUCAAGAAAUGCUUUGAAGGAACACACGCGAUCAUGAUGGAUGACGGGCUGUCCCCUGAGAUCAUACAUCCUUUCAAGUGGCAUAGACAAUUUGUGCCCACGGUAUCAAGGAUCGUGAGGAUCGAAGCUGUGGCAGCCGAGCUGCUUGAACAUCUCGCUCACGCAGCGGGCUUCAUGAGGGUUGGCCUCGAUGCCGACUGGGACAUUAGCCAGACUGAGAGCUUCCUGGUCCGCUUCAACACUGUCUUCAGAAACCAAAUCCGCACACUGGCCAACGAUCCAGACGUCCGGGGCUUCAAGUCAGUCAUUUGCUAUCGUUCGGGGCUUGACAUUGGCCUCGAGAGCAGGAAGAACUUCCGCCCCCAUCAGUCUCUGACCGAGUCGGCUCUUCUCCAGUCUUUUCACGACUUCCUUCAAAAGGCCGUUCGCGACCACAAGUAUCGGAUUCAGCAAAAGGAGGUCAAUGACUACUUGGUUGUCGCUGUCUGCGACGUAUUGGAAAAGCUGGUAGACACAGACGGUGAGAAUUUGCCCUUUCAGUUUCACACCGGUCUCGGUGACACGGAUAUCAAUCUGGUCAAGGCAAACCCAGCAUAUAUGCAGCCCUUGAUCGAGGCUUUCCCCCAGGUCGACUUUGUCAUCCUCCAUUCUUCGUAUCCCUAUACGAGGGAAGCAGGUUACCUAGCAGCAAACUAUUCCAAUGCUUGGCUCGAUAUCGGAGAAGCGUUUCCCAUGCUCUCUCGUGAAGGCGAAGAGUCUGUGCUGCGACAGGCCCUCGAGCUGACUCCAAGCUCCAAAAUCCUCUGGAGCACAGAUGGACACUUCUAUCCCGAAACAUAUUGGCUCGCCAACAGGCACUUCAGAGAAGCGCUUGAGAGACUGCUUACUUCAUAUAUUGCAGCGGGCGACGUUACCGUUGCCCAGGCCAUCGAUAUCGCUGUCGAUAUCAUGUUCUGGAACUCAAAUUUACUCUACAAGCUUGACGAAGAGCGCAAAUACCCCGAGUUGCUCCGAGCUUGUGGCCGAGAGGCUGUAGACAGCAUGCGCACUCUUGUGAAUGGUGGUUCGAAAGCUCCCUCUUUCAAGUCAUACGCGAGUACGGCUGUUGCAACUUCUGCCGGUGGCGCCUCAUCUUCCGCCGCCGCCGCAUCACGAGCUGGAGCGGUUUUGACCACAGCAGCAUCGACACACCUUUCAAUCCCCCUCCGCGCUGGGAGUGCGAGUGCGCCAUCCGGCCAGAAUUCCACGGCUGUCUUUGCGCAGAAUGUGACAAUUUUUGACGCUUUUAUGCAAACAAAUCCGGGCAUCAAGUAUAUGUGGGUUCAAUAUCUGGACUACACUGGCACACUCCGUAAUCGCAUGAUGACCGUGCAACAAUUCAAAAAGCAGCUCUCCGCGGGAAAACCUCUCUGUUGCACGACUGCUCUGCCAAGGUUGAUGCAGGACGACCAUCCCGCAAGCGGAUGCACAGCUACUGGUCAAUUUCUCAUGAUCCCCGACCUGUCAACCCUAUCACUGAAUAAGGGUAUCUCGUCACCCUCGGCCACUGUUCAAACAUGGUGGAUGGCUGACUCGGAGCAAAUGCCCCUCGUAGAGCAUUUUGAUCGCUGUCCUCGCUGGCUGCUUCAAUCUCAAGCGGACGCUCUCAAGUCCGAGUUCAAUAUCUCCAUGUUGAUAGGGUUCGAGCUGGAAAUCAUCUUCAUGAGGCCGGUCCUGAACGAAAUCGGGUCCGACUUUGUAGAAUUCCAGCCAUUGCACAUGGUUCAUUCGUGGUCAAACAUGACGUAUCAACAGAUCGAUAUGCUACCUAUCAUUGAAGAGAUUGUGGAUGAUCUGGCGGACCUGGACAUCCACCUGUCGCAAUUUCAUUCAGAGGCCGCCCCAGGGCAAUGGGAGUUUCCUUUGCCGGCAUAUGAGCCUGUGAAAUCCGUCGACGUUCUGUUCAAGGCCAAAGACGUGAUUCGCAAUGUCGCCAAAAAGCACGGUCUAAAGGCGACGUGUUAUCCGCGCCCCUUUGCGACCAGCCCUGGCAGCGCCAACCAUGCCCAUUUCAGCAUCAACGGACCCGGUGACACUGUUGAAAAGUAUGAAUCGGCCUUCCUCGCCGGUGUUUUGGAACAUCUGCCAGCACUGAUAGCGUUCUUUUUACCCUUUGAAGAGUCGUAUCAACGCGUCAACGCUGGGAUCUGGUCAGGUGGAGAGUAUGUGUGCUGGGGAACGCAGAACAAGGAAGUGCCGUUGAGAAAAUGUGGACCAGGACACUUUGAAAUCAAGACCGUGGACGGUAUGGGCAACUCUUAUCUCUCCAUGGCCGCUGUUUUGGCCUCGGGGCUCCACGGGCUUCGUCAAGACCUCAAACUCGAGCACAAGGAUUGCACGGGUGAUCCGACGUUGAUUGGCGAGGAGGAGAGGCAGAAGCUAGGCAUCACGACGCAACUACCCAACACGCUGGAGAAGAGUCUGAAAGCCUUGGACCGGGAUAAGGUCCUGCGACGGACGCUCGGAUAUGCGGUUGUCGAUGAUUAUCUUGCUGUGUCGGAGAGUGUGAUGACCAAGUUGAGAGACUUUGGUGACGAGAAAAGACGAUUGUGGUUGAUGGCGCGGUAUUGA